AUGGGUUUGGCUUGUCAGGGUUCUCCACUUGCAACCCAGACUUUUCGCCACCGUAGAUCAGCAGCCGUGGCGGGCUUAGUACUUCUCUCUGUAGAAUUUGGCAGCGUCAACCAUGUUGGUCAAAGAAGCCUUGGUCUCUUCCCAACCUCUGGUCUUAAGACCACAGUCUGGGUUCACCCAGAACUUGUCAGCUGGGUACACCUUGAGGAUCUCGCCGAUUCUGGCAACAAACUCCUCCUUAGAUGGGAUUCUAGGCGAGUGGAUGUCGAACAGUCCCAAUCCAAUGUGGUUUGGAUAGUUGGAGAACUCCUGGAUGUAUUUCGGAUCGUCCUUCUUGGAGAACUCGAUCGAAACAACAUCGGCGUCCAAGGCCUUGAUGUGGUUAGGGUCAAGGUCGGAGUAACAGAAGUGCGAGUGGAUCUGGGUGUCGUCACGGACACCAGAGGUGGCAACUCUGAAAGACUCAGCAGCCCACUCCAAGUAGUCGGAUCUCUCCUGACCAGCUCUCAAUGGCAGACCUUCUCUGAUGGCUGGCUCGUCGACCUGGAUAACAGUGACACCAGCAGCCUCCAAGUCGUUGACCUCGUCUCUCAAAGCAAGGGACAAUUGCAGAGAUUGCACCUUUUGGGAAACAUCGUCUCUUGGGAAAGACCAUCUCAAACAGGUAACUGGACCGGUCAGCAUACCCUUCAAUGGCUUCUUGGUCAAAGAUUGAGCGUAAACACUCUCCUUGACAGACAUGGCCUUUGGUCUAGAAACGUCACCAACGAUAAUAGGUGGUCUAACGUAUCUGGAACCGUAGGAUUGCACCCAACCGUUGGUGGUGAAAGCGUAACCCUUCAAUUGCUCACCAAAGUAUUGAACCAUGUCGUUUCUCUCUGGCUCACCGUGGACAAGCACGUCCAAACCAACUUCCUCUUGGAAUCUGACAACCUUCUCGAUCUCAGAGUUGAUGAACUCCUCGUAUUGCUCAGCGGUGAUCUCACCCUUGGCGAACUUGUUUCUGUUGAUUCUAAUGUCCUUGGUUUGUGGGAAAGAACCGAUGGUGGUGGUUGGGAACAGUGGGAGGUUGUACUUGGCCUUUUGCACUGUGAGUCUCUCUGGGAAUGGAGACUUUCUGGUGGACAAGGACUUGUCGAUCUUGGACAAUCUAGCCUCGACAGCGGCAUCGUUGGUCAAGUCGGACUCCUUUCUGCUCUUGACGGCAGCAGCGUUAGCCUCCAAAGCAGAAGAGACGUCGGCACCAGAAACAGCCUUGGCGAUGGUAACAACCUCAGACAAUUUUUGGGUAGCGAAAGAGAACCAGUUCUUGAUUUCAGCGUCAAGCUUCUUCUCGUUCUCCAAGUCGACUGGAGUGUGCAACAGGGAGGAGGAGGUAGCAACAACGACCUUCUCGGCACCAACCUUCUCGAUAGCCUUCUUCACGAAAGCAAUAGACUUGGAGAAGUCGUUCUUCCAGAUGUUUCUACCGUCAACAAUACCAACGGAAAGAGUUUGCUCUCCGGAAAGGAUAGAAACAACCUCGUCGAAUUGUUGUGGAGCUCUGACAAAGUCAAAGUGGAAACCGGAAACUGGCAAGUUCUUGAUGGCAGCCAAGUUUGGAGUAACGUCACCGAAGUAGGUGGUCAAAACGAGCUUUGGAAGACCCUCGGCCUUGGCCAAGAUAUCGUAAGCGGUCUUGAAAGCGGAUUGGACCUCCUCAGGCAAGUCCAAAACCAAGGUUGGCUCGUCGAUCUGGACCUCCUUGGCACCAGCAGCAGCGAGCUUUUGCAAAAUCUCGGUGGCCUUUGCCUCCAAGUACUCGUCAACUGGCUUUUGACCGUUCAACUUGAACUCGGUGGAGUGGGAGAAAGUUGGUCUGACAUAGUGGUAGUUAGAGUCGAACCAUUUCACCAUCUCCAAAGCAGUCACGUCGACAGCCUUGGUGGACUCAGUGGCCUUUCUUUGCAAACCUCUACCCAUGGCGAACAAAACGUCCAAUUGUGGGAGAUCGAACUUGGUGUAUCUGUCUGGAAUGACGUUGAACAACAAAGAGAGGUCCAAGACCUGGUCGUAGUAAGAGAAGUCGUUGGAAGGAAUGAUGUCGACACCGGCCUCCUUCUGCAACUUCCAGUUCUUCUCUCUGAUCUCCUUACCAACAGCAAGGAGCUGGUCAGCACCGAUCUUGCCAGCCCAGUAGGCCUCGGUGUUUUUCUUGAGCUCUCUGAAAGCUCCAAUUCUUGGGAAUCCCAAAACGCUAGACUCAACCAUUUUCAAUUAAAUCAAGUUUGA